AUGAGCCAGGACUACUUUUCCGGGAAGGGCAAGAGCCCAAUGGGCCAAGAGGUCGAAAGCGACGUUGCGGCGACCCCCAGCGCGCCUGAGCCAUCCUCGGCAUCAUCAACCAGCCGACCGCAGUUCAUGACCGUUGGCACAGGUUCAACAUCUGCUCACGCCGCUCAUCUCCAGGCGAUGCUUGACCAAGACUCUGGCUACGGCGGCAGUGCCGAUGGCGACUACAACACAAGACUUGCCCUCAACCACGCCACGCAACCUGAUGUCGACCGCCGCUCGCCAGCCGGCGCCGUCUACCAGCUAUGGUACAACGCACAUCGCUCGGCGCUCGGUCGCUCGAUCAGCAAGGUCGUCGAGCUCCUCAGGGAACUUCAGGAGAUGAACGCCCAAUGGCCCGCGCACUACCCGACUGUCCAACGAACCGAAGUUGCAGCAACGCCGAGAGGUCCCACGCGGCCUGGCUUCUCUCAGGCCCAGUCGACCAUGGGCAACACCCGAAGCUCCGAACCAUCUUCGCCCGUUUCGCCGCCGAUGCUACGACGAUCCAUGACCACAGCCGCUGACGCGCACGACGAUGCUGAAUCCAGCAAGGCCCAGGAUAGGAGGAGGACAGCAGACGAGCCACGGCUGGUAACACCGCAAAUCGCCCAAGACUUUUCCAUCCUAAAGCUCGACCUCAAGCUGGGAGCGCUGCACCAGGCAGAGCUCGUUCACUCGCUUGAAAAGAGCUCCAUUGCAUCGUUACUGGAUGGUCAGAUCAGUUCGAGCAUCCGACACCUCAUGAGUCUGCGCGAUCGCAUCGAAGAUACGUCCAGCAAGGUUCUCGUCACUGGCGACCUGAACGCGGGAAAAUCAACCUUUUGCAACGCGCUGUUGCGGAGAAAGAUUUUGCCCGAGGACCAGCAGCCAUGCACAUCCAUCUUUUGUGAAGUUUUGGACGCUAGGGAGAACGGAGGAAUGGAAGAAGUACACGCCGUGCACAAAGACGCAACAUACGAUCGACACGAUGAAUCUACGUAUGACGUCUUCAAGCUGGCCGCACUCGAAGAUAUUGUUCUCGACAACGUUACCUACACCCUAUGUAAGGUCUACGUCCGGGACGUGCGGACCAUUGACGAAUCACUGCUCAACAAUGGCGUGGUGGACAUUGCGCUCAUCGAUGCGCCUGGCCUCAACUCGGACACAACCAAAACCACAGCCGUUUUUGCGCGUCAGGAAGAGAUUGACGUUGUUGUAUUUGUUGUUUCAGCGGCCAACCAUUUCACCAUAACUGCCAAGGAAUUCAUCUGGGCAGCAGCUAAGGAAAAGGCCUAUCUCUUCAUGGUCGUCAACGGAUUUGACGUCAUCCGGGACAAGGCGAGGUGUGAGAAGACGAUUCUCGAUCAAGUUGACUUACUCAGCCCACAGACCGGAAAGGAAGCGUCGGAGCUCGUGCAUUUUGUGUCAAGCAACGCUAUCCCUACCGGUCCGCCUCCAGGCGGCCCUAGCGGUGGCGGCGGCGGCAGCGGCGGCGCAAGCGGCGGCGGCGGAGGUGAUGAUCCCAGCGAUGACCCCAAGGGCAAGGGCAAGGACAUGGAGAAACUUCGCAGUUUCGAACACCUUGAGCAGUCUCUGCGCAGGUUCGUCUUGGAAAAGCGCGCCAGGUCCAAGUUGGCGCCGGCCAAGACGUAUCUGCUCAAUAUUCUCAACGACGUCAACACUCUAGCCAAUGUGAAUACCGACGUGGCACAAGGAGAGCUUGAUCGAGUCACAGCUGAGCUGCGCGAGAUUGAGCCUCAGCUUGAGACCAGCAGGAGAGCCAAGUCUGAGGUCGGCGACGAGAUUGAUCGGACCAUCGAACAAACAUGUAAAGAGGUUUAUGACCACACCAGGAGCACUUUGAACUCCGCCAUCGAGCACGCUGGCGACAACAACCAUGGUGUCGAGUACCCUGGCAUUUUUAGCGCCUUCGAGUAUGCGGCAGAGCUCAAGCAGGCCAUGAUGGCUCACAUUUCUGAGUCGGUUGCUCUGUGUGAGCAGCAUGCCCGGGAUCGGACGGUCGGCGGGGUCAACGCAAUCAAGCAACUUGGCAUCUUGCACGUCGGCGACGAGUUUCAAAACCUUACCUUCCGACCAGACGUCAUGUUCAAGAGAAAACGCGACUCCAUGGCCAGGCAGGUCGACGUACCUACCGAGCUAUGGGACUUUGUUGACUGGCCUACACUGUUCCAACAGCAAGAAAAGGUCGCAGGAACUGGUAUGGCUCUCACGCUGGCGGGUGCCCUUGUGCCGCGGGUCGUUGGACUGAAUGGAUGGAUGGAUCAUGCUGUCAAUGCUGCGAAACUCGUCAGCAAUGACAAUCUGCGUAGGCUCAUCCUGCCGAGCCUCGUUGUCGCCGCCAUCUCUGCUGCAGCUUAUAUUGUCAACCAGAUCCCUAAUUCCCUCCCCCACCGCCUGUCGAACAAAAUUUCGACACAGCUUCACGCCCUUGACUACGUCCACGACAACUCGACACGCAUCUCGUCGUCUGUGCGCAAGGUGCUCCGUAUCCCGGCCGACAAUCUCCGCGUUGGCCUCGACCAAAGUGUCAAGGACCUUGGCAUCCGCCGAGAGGAGACGCUCAAGGUCAAAAAGGAGAGCCAGGUGGCACUCAAGUACUUCGGCAACUUGGUCAGAUCAAGCGCUGACCAGCGUGCCCAGCUCGAGGCUGUCGACCUCGAGGCACCGCCUCCCGGCGCUGUCGGGGGCUCUCAAUAA